AUGGCUGGUCUCCGAGUUCUCAUCGUCGGCGCUUCCAUUGCUGGACCAGCUACUGCAUACUGGCUAUCCAAAGCUGGUGCUCGAAUAACCAUCAUCGAGCGUUUCCCGUCUCUACGAGAGGGUGGACAGGCUAUUGAUAUACGAGUCUGUGGGGUUUCAGUCAUGCGCAAAAUGCAUGGUAUGGAGGAGCGAGUCAGGGCUCAAUCUACCCAAGAAGAAGGCGUAUCCUUUAUCAGGCCUGACGGAAGACCCUAUGGAGUGAUUCGAAUGACUGGGAAUCCGGAUCGACAGUCACUCAUAUCAGAGUACGAGAUUUAUCGGGGAGACUUGUCGAAGAUUCUGGUCGAUCUGCCCGAACAAAAGUCAAGUAUUGACUACAUCUUUGGAGAGGAAGUUGCUAGCAUCCGAUACGAAGGGGACAAAGCUCCAGUCACUGUAGAGUUCAAGAAUGGAACUGCUCGCUCAGAAUUUGACCUCGUCAUUGGAUGCGAUGGAUCGUUCUCUAGAACCAGAGCGAUGGCUUUGGGCUGUGGAGUGCGAGAUCACGUCAUCCCUACUAGGAGUUGGGCAGCCUACUAUUCCAUUCCCAAAGACCUUUGCAACGGUAGCAAAAUUGGAGUCGGAAUCAGCGCCGUUGGUGGCAGGACAAUCAGCAUUGGGUCUGAUAGGUUCACCGAAUCGACUCGAGUCGCCCUCUUCGCUAAUCCCCCUUCUUCGCCCUCAUCUUCAUCCUCCUCGGCACAAGAUCCCAUGCGAGCUUUCCGUGAAGCUUUGUCUGAAGGUCAGGACCAUGUCAAGCUCCACAUCGCGAACCGGUUCAGAGGUAUGGGUUGGAUCACCGACGAGCUCUUACAAGGCAUGAUGGACUCGAAAGACUUUUACGCCUCCGAGAUCGUUCAAGUCAAGGCCCCUUCGAUCUUCGAUCGUCGAGUGGUCCUUGUUGGAGAUGCCGGGUACGCAGCUGGUCCAACAGGCGGCGGUACUAGUUUAGCGCUGACUGGCGCAUACGUCCUCGCUGGAUCAUUGUUCAAAUAUCCUGGAGACAUUGAUGCAGCCUUGGCGGAAUACGAACAAGUCAUGAGGCCUAUCAUCACGGAACUGCAAAAGAUACCUCCUUUCGUCAAUACUAUCAUGGCUCCACAGACCGCCUGGGGUAUAUGGUUGCGCAAUCAUCUGUUUGCACUGAUCGCAUGGACAGGAGUGGCAGAGUUCUUAGGGACAUACUUUGCAGCGGGCUUCUCCGACAGUAAGAAGUUUCCUCUCCCAGACUAUGACUGGGAUAGGAAAGAUACCAUUCCAACGAGUAGAUGA